GAGAGCAACGCCCCGUUGUCGAAAAUCGACGCUUGGGUGAGAUCCCGCGUGAUCUGGGCGUUGCGGUGCCUGGCGAGCGGGCGCGUCAACGCCGAACGCCUCGCUGUCUGGGCGAUCGCGCUGAAGGACUUCGGGCCGCAGAUCAUCUGCGGGGCGCUCGCGGCGACCCGGCCAGCGGGGAAGCCGACGGCGUCGAAUUCCCUCGCGAUCUCGAUGCCCAUGCUCGAGACCGACGCCCUUGGAGGCGAUGCCGGGGAGGGCGCCCCCGAGCCUUCCAUUGUCACCGCCCAGCAUUUUGAUUCGUUCAGGGGCGAGGCCGCGGAGAGGGCGCCGCCCGCGGAGCUCGGCGACGGGGGCCUGCGCAGGCAGGGCGCGCCCGCGCUGGAAGCGCUCCUCAAUCCGAGCGAGGAGGGCCCCGCCUCGCGGGCGAGGCGGGGGCCCGGCGCGUUCGCCACAGGGGCGCCCCGCAAGGCCGCGAUCAACAGUUGCGACGAUGCCUCGGAGGACCAGUCG